AUGGAGGCCUCUUUGGCGGCCGUGGGCACCUCCAAGGCUGUGGAGGAGCUGCUGCGCCGCGGCGCGGACCCCAAUCUGGUGCUAGCGGACGGCGCGGCAGCUGUCCACCUGGCGGCAGGAGCCCGGCACCCACGCGCUCUGCGCUGCCUCAAGGCUCUGCUGUGUCGAGGCGGGAACCCCAACGUGCGAUCGGCCGAGGCGCUGACACCGCUGCACGUGGCCGCCGCCUGGGGCUGUAGCCGCAGCCUGGAGCUGCUGCUGAGCCAGGGAGCCGACCCCCGGCUGCUCGACCAGGAUGGACUCCGGCCACUGGACCUGGCAGAACAGCAGGGGCACCAGGACUGUGUGCGCGUCCUCAGGGAGCUCCCAAAGCUGACUAGGACCCCUGCCCGGACCCGGUUAGAGACCCAGGAGCCGGAGCCUGAGCCCAGCGGCUCAGCCCUCAAGGGAAAGGGGCUGGAUGCCAGCCCCUCUGGACCUCCCAGUGUGAUGCUGGACUCCACAGGCCUGGGCAGCAGGGACAGCAGGGACAGGGACCUGGAGGCUAGCCCUGGACCCUCCAGCCUCCUCCCCUGCCCUGAAGUUGCUGACAAGGGUGGCGGCUUGGAGUCCUCCCCUGGGUGCUGGGACUGCAGCUCAGAUGCCUCCUUUGUCACAGCAGUGGAGGCUUCUGGAUCCCAGGACCCAGCCCCGCAUACAUACCCCCGGGCUGGGCCAUCGCCCAGGCAGCAACUCCUGCCUCAUCUCCGACCAUCCCAGAGGAGGCUAAAGUCUCCGGACACCCCACAGCCGGAACAUGGAGCCAUCGUGACGGACAAGGAGGCCGAAUUAAAAGCCCUCCUACAGGCCCUGACUCUGACCUCCCCCUCCCACACGUCCCCAGAGAGGAGCCCAGCCCACAGCCCCCCUCCGCAACCACUGCUUGGACCCCUCGACUUCCACUUCCUCACAGAUGACCAAUCGUCCCUGGACAGUGAGGGGGACACCCUCUGGCUGACGGAGGACGAGGUGCAUCCCACAGGGGGCAGGGACCCAGUGCCCUCUGGUGGGUGUCUGCCAGUCAUGUCUGACCGGGAACUGCUGCAGAGGCUCCGGGCUCUGGGUGAGAGCCCAGGCCCCGUCACGCCCUUCACCCGUCCACGUUACCUCCGCCGACUCCAAGAAGCCCAGGCUGCUCCCGGCCCAGACUUUUCAGGGCACAGCCCAGAGCUGACUGAGGCCCUGAGGACAGGCCGAAUCCCAGACGCCCAGGCAGAUGAGGAUGCACUUGCCCAGCAAUUUGAGCAGCCGGAUCCCCGCAGAAGGUGGCGGGAGGGGGUGGUGAAGUCCAGUUUCACGUAUCUGCUGCUGGACCCCAGGGUGACUCGGAACCUGCCGGCACGAGCCUCCUCGCUAACUCCAGCUGAAUGCCUUCGGACUUUCGUCCACGCCAUCUUCUACGUGGGCAAGGGAACCCGGGCCCGGCCCAAUGUUCACCUCUGGGAAGCCCUUGGCUACCGUGGGAGGUCAGGAAAGCAGGCCUGCCCCAAAGUGCGCCAGAUCUUGGACAUUUGGGCCAGUGGUCGUGGAAUCGUGUCCCUGCAUUGCUUCCAGCAUGUGGUCGCUGUGGAGGCUUACACUCGAGAGGCGUGUCUUGUGGAGGCUCUAGGGAUCCGGACACUGACCAACCAGAAACAAGGACACUGCUAUGGAGUGGUGGCGAGCUGGUCACCCAGCCGCCGCUGCCGCUUGGGAGUGCAUCUGUUGCAUCGCGCCCUCCUUGUCUUCCUGGCUGAGGGCGAGCGAGAGUUGCGACCCCAAGACAUCCAGGCCUGUGGCUGAGCACUGGGAAAUUGCCCAUCCGGGCUGGGUGGAGGUCAGGGUGUUUGAAUGUUCCAGCUGCCCUGUGCUGAAAGCAGCCUU